UAUGCAAAUUAAAAGUGACACAAUAAAAACAGUAAAAAUUUCUUCUGUCCUCCAGAAAGUUGCCGAUACCUUGGUGAAUGGCUGGAUGGACACCGCUUCGGGUCCCAAACCUUUCCUCAGGGGCACCCCAGCCAUUCCAUGAUUUAUUAAACUUCACCACCAGCUCACUUUAAUUUAACAAAGUCAGAGGUAUUCAUUAGCAUUGUGCUAGUGGUCAAGUUAAACAGAUGGGUGUGUGGACGGUUGCUGUAAAUACUGCAGUCAUUGCAGCAUUAGUUUGGAAAUGGCCAAGCUGACAGACUGGCAGACAUGAAAUCAUAGUUUUACACCAACAUGAAGAUCAUCUAAACAUCAUUUUUUGGCUGCCUAAGACUUUUGCACAGUGCUGUAUGUAUAAAUAGUCGGCUUAAUUAUGCAAUAGACACACAUUUAUGGGUGCUUUCACGUUUCACACAUUAAUUACUGUUUUAAAACGUAAUUAAUCAAACUGCAUAGCAUAUUCAUCUUGACCUCUUUAAGGUAUUUUAAUUGCACAAAUUUAGGCCAUUUUCAUGGUUCCCUGUGUCAAGCUGCAGUGUAGCUAUAGCUACGAGUAUGAUGAGGAAAGACAUGUUUUACACGUUUGAGCGUGACACGUGUGGGACCCUCAGCAGGGCAGGCGUGUCUGAGGUCAGUCAGGCUGAGAGGUAUAAAAGCAGCUCACACUGAUGCACUCUUCAGGAAAACUCCCUGUCCGGGAAGCCUGCCGAAGCCUCUCUUUGGUUUGCAGGACAGCAGAAAACAGCCCGAAAAAGAUGCAGAAUUUUUUAUUUGUUCUUUUUGCUUUAAACUGGAGUUGCUUGACAGUGUCUGGACAAGACAGAGAUGGUGAAAUCAUUAAGCACAUAAAGGGGACCAAUCAGGUGCUGGCUGAAAUCAAGGAGCUACUGAAACAGCAGAUCAAAGAGAUUAUUUUCCUGAAGAACACAGUGAUGGAGUGUGAAUCUUGCGGCAUGCGGAAUGACAGACCUCCGCAGCCAUCCUGCGUGCCCAGCCCCUGCCACCCCGGCGUGCCCUGCAUGGAGACAGGCGGGGGCAUUAAGUGUGGGCCCUGUCCCGAGGGCAUGGUGGGAAACGGGACGCACUGCGCCGAUGUGGACGAGUGCAUUAUGAAGCCUUGCCACAAGGGGGUGCGCUGCACCAACACGGCCCCUGGGUUCCGCUGUGGCCCCUGUCCUGCUGGCUACACGGGGCCCCAGCUGCAGGGGGUGGGACUGUCCUUUGCCACUGCCAACAAGCAGGUCUGCAAAGAUAUAAACGAAUGUGAGGGAGACAGAAAUGGCGGCUGUGUGGCUAAUUCCAUCUGCACCAACACGCUGGGGUCUUUUCGCUGCGGCCCCUGCAAGCCGGGCCACGUUGGGGACCAGCAGCGCGGCUGCAAACUGGAGAAGUCCUGCGGAGAGUCCAACCCCUGCCAUCGGAACGCAGACUGCAUCGUCCACCGUGACGGGAGCAUCCAGUGCACAUGCGGCGUGGGAUGGGCUGGCGAUGGAUACGUCUGCGGCCCGGACAUAGACAUUGACGGCGUCCCUGACCAGCAGCUGGAAUGUCCCCAGAAGAGCUGUGCGAAGGAUAACUGCCUGACGGUGCCCAACUCAGGUCAAGAAGACGCGGACCGUGAUGGCAUUGGGGACGCCUGUGACGAAGACGCUGAUGGGGAUGGGAUCUUCAACGUAGAGGACAACUGUGUGUUAGUGGCUAAUGUGAACCAAAGGAAUGUGGACCAAGACGAUUUCGGUGACGCCUGUGACAACUGCCGCCUGAUGACUAACAAUGAUCAGAAGGACACUGAUGGGGACGGCAACGGUGAUGCCUGUGACGAUGACGUCGACGGCGAUGGGAUCCCCAACAAUAUUGACAACUGCAAAGUGGUGCCCAACACUGACCAGAAGGACAGAGACGGAGACAAAGUUGGGGAUGCGUGUGACAGCUGUCCGUAUGUUCGUAACCCCGACCAGAUGGACGUAGACAAUGACUUGAUCGGAGAUCCAUGUGACACUAAUAAGGACAGUGAUGGCGACGGCCACCAGGACUCUCGGGACAACUGUCCAGCUGUCAUAAACAGCUCACAGCUAGACACAGACAGAGACGGUCUUGGAGAUGAGUGCGAUGACGAUGAUGACAAUGAUGGCAUCCCAGAUCUACUGCCCCCAGGACCAGACAACUGCCGGUUGGUCCCUAACCCCCUUCAGGAAGACUCUGACGGUGACGGCAUUGGCAACCUUUGUGAGAAUGACUUUGACAACGACACAUUCGUCGACACCAUCGACGUCUGCCCGGAGAACGCAGAGGUCACCCUGACCGACUUCCGCGCCUUCCAGACCGUGGUCUUAGACCCGGAAGGGGAUGCGCAGAUAGACCCUAACUGGGUGGUGUUAAACCAGGGAAGGGAGAUCGUUCAGACGAUGAACAGUGACCCCGGACUGGCUGUUGGUUACACAGCUUUCAAUGGUGUGGACUUUGAAGGGACGUUUCACGUGAACACAGUGACGGACGACGACUACGCCGGCUUCAUCUUCGGCUACCAGGACAGCUCCAGCUUCUACGUGGUCAUGUGGAAGCAGGUGGAGCAGAUUUACUGGCAGGCCAACCCCUUCAGGGCCGUGGCGGAGCCGGGCAUCCAACUGAAGGCAGUGAAGUCCGGCACAGGGCCGGGAGAACACCUGCGGAACUCACUGUGGCACACGGGCGACACCGGCGGCCAGGUCCGACUCCUGUGGAAAGACUCCCGCAACGUUGGUUGGAAGGAUAAGACGUCGUACCGCUGGUUUCUGCAGCACAGGCCUCACGACGGCUACAUCAGAGUGCGCUUCUACGAGGGCCCUCAGAUGGUAGCGGACUCCGGCAUCAUCAUCGACACCACCAUGCGAGGCGGCAGGCUGGGAGUCUUCUGCUUCUCGCAGGAGAACAUCAUCUGGGCUGACCUACGCUACCGCUGCAAUGACACCACUCCAGAAGACUUUGAAACAUACAGGAUUCAGCAGAUGCAGCCCAGUCCACAGUGAGCAGGAUGUCCAGUGCAGCCGGGACCAGCAGCAGCCCGGAAACUCGCUCCAGGCUCCCAGCAAAGCCCAGUUACGCUUCUGAAGUCUGGAUGAGAGUUAAAAGGCAGCUUAAGGCAGUUUACAUGAGGGGCAAACUAGCAGAUGUCUGUCCAUGUAUAACUAUAUAUAUAUAUAUAUUAUGAAAUUAUUGUUCAAGAUGGGGCAAUGAUGUGAAGGGGAAGAUAUGCGUCAGUUAAGUUUACUCUGUAAAUUAAGCUUUUCAUUGAGACUUAAGCUAAUGUGAAGCAGAUCAUGCAUGCGAAAGACGCAGGGAAGCUCGAGUGAAGCGAGUGUGACUGGGAAAGAAGUCUGUACAGUACCAGGUACAAAUAAAAUGUGAUUUAACAACA